AUGGCCGUCAUGGAGAACCUGCGGAAGGUGGUGAAGUGGGCCCGGCGGGAGAUGAGCGGGAGGGGGAAGGUGGCCUCUCUGCUGACUCAGGUUGCCAAGAGGGUGGUGCUGCAGGUGGCCAAGAGUGAGCCCCCCCGCUGGAGCUUCCUCAAUAAGCUGCAGAGUCUCUGCAGCAAGUACGUGCGGCUGAACUCGCCAGCCAAGGCUGCUGGACCCCAGUGCGCCGCCGAGGAGGAGCAGCAGGUCAAGCAGGAGAGCAGCGAUGCCCCGGUGGGCCCAGGGGACGGGAUCCCUGCGCCCCAGAAGGUGCUCUUCCCCAUGGAGCACCUGUCCAUGGAGUGGCAGCGGGUGCACCCAGUCGGCGCAGGACUGCGUAACCUCGGGAACACAUGUUUCCUGAACUCCACCGUGCAGUGCCUCACGUACACCCCGCCGCUCGCUAACUACCUGCUCUCCAAGGAGCACCGCUGCACCCGUGACCAAGGCAGCUUCUGCAUGAUAUGUAUCAUGCAGAACCACGUGGCUCAGGCUUUUGCCAACAGUGGGAGCGUGAUAGAGCCAACGGCCUUCGUCCGAGACCUCAAAAAGAUCGCUGGGCACAUGCGCUUCGGUCAGCAGGAGGAUGCACAUGAAUUCCUGCGUUAUACCAUCAGCGCUCUGCAGAAUUCCUGCCUGAGUGGCUGCACCAGGUUGGAUUGCGAGACCCAGGCAACGACAUUGGUCCACCAGAUCUUUGGCGGCUACCUGCGAUCCCGUGUGAAGUGUUUGUCGUGCAAGAGCGUCUCGGACACGUACGACCCUUUCCUGGACCUGGCUCUGGAGAUCUGGGAAGCCGAAGACCUAUGGGAGGCGCUGGAGCUGUUGGUUAAGCCGGACCUGCUGGGAGGGGAAAACUGCUACCUGUGUGCAGGAUGCAACAGCAGAGUGUCGGCAACAAAACGCUUCAGCAUCCACCGAGCCCCCAACGUUCUGACGCUCUCACUGAAGCGGUUCACGUGUGACAGGGAGAAAAUCACAAAGGCCGUGCCGUACCCCGAGUUCCUCAACAUCCGCCCAUACAUGUCAGAGAGCGAGGGGGAUCCUGUAAUGCAUGGGCUCUAUGCAGUGCUGGUGCACUCUGGGUACAGCUGCCACGCGGGGCACUACUACUGCUACGUGAAGGCCAGCAACGGGCAGUGGUACGAGAUGAAUGACAGUGUGGUGAGCCGCAGUAACAUCCAAGAGGCGCUGAAGCAGGAGGCCUACCUGCUCUUCUAUUUGAGACUCUCCGGCCCAGAGAAGAGCUUGGACAGGCCCAUUGCCAGAGCUGUCCCCAGCCUGACUGGCUCUGAGGGCACCGUCUCCAAAGAGACAAAGAAAACUGUGAGUCACAGGCACCUGUUCCCAUCCCUGAAACCUCUUUUCUUCAGCUCACCGAGUCUUUAUUUGUGCCAGUCCCUGCAGGGCAGGAAGCUGGGCAGGAGUGCCCACCACGCGCGGCCUCGCGCGCAACUCGCUGGCAGCCGCUUCCCACCGACCAGCAGCUGCCCCGGCUCGGCUCUGCUGCCUCUGGGCACGUGCAGCAGGGAGGAGCCCAGCCUGGUCACCACCGGCUCGCUCCCAAAGAAGAGGCGGCUCGAGGCAGGCAGCAGCCUCGGCGCUCCAGCGGUCGGGAAGGAGGUCUCCAUCCCACCCAAGAAGAAGAAGAGACUUCUCUCGAGCGAGGCCUCGGAGUCCCAGGAGGGGCCAGAGGCAGGAGGUCCCAGCU